AUGGCGACAGCAGACCAGAUCCACGCCGCCACUCUCGCCGCCAUUGCCGCGCAGAUGGACGACGGCACCUACAAGGGAAAUCCACCACUUGAGAAAUCGAUCGCCGAGGGAGAAGCAAUGGAGGCCUGGAAGGACAUCGUCUACGGCUUCGGAGAGACUGGAACAUACGUUGGAAUGAUCGCCAACGCGCCAGAGGCUGCGCCGAUGAGCUACUCUCUCCUCACGCAAGCAAUGGAGCCGCCUGUCCCCGAGUACGCGACCAAAAACCAGGAGGAGAUGCGGAUUCCACUGGCGGUAUCUAACGCAAAGAACGCCGUCAUGAAAGCUGAACAGGGCGCGAAGAGUCAUGAGGCGGGUUCAGGGCGCAGGACGCUUCCCGGAAGUCAUACGACGAUGGAGUGGGAGAGAGAAUGCAGGAGGUGCACAAGGAACACGCCGAGCGGAGAGCAUCGCCUCGAUCGGCCGAUGAGUCGGAUGAGCAGGAAAGUAUCAACAUGCGACCGCUUACCUCUCCAAUGA